AUGAACAAACGGCUCAAUUACAAGAGAUCUAACGACUCCCGUAAGGAGGAAAAACUAUGGGCAAAUGAAGACGGAAUACCCUUCAGUAUUGAGGCAUCAAAAGGACUGAAUCAAAACCAAAAAGUUGAAAGUGAACGGGAACUAAAGGAGACCGAGUCUUGUCAGAAAGAAGCGUCAGAUCCUCUGAAGGCGAGCUUGAAAAGGAAAUUUCCCGAGAAGAGUGCGGUCAAAUCGAGCAGUGAAAAGGACCUACGUCUAUUGCAGAUGGACCCCAACUCAGUCGUAAGAUGGGCACAUACAGCGAACCUCCGUAACUGCGGCAAUAAAAAGGGGCAUGGUGCGAAUGCGUUUCGCUACACAGUGGUGGUUGUAGAAGGAGAAGGUGAUUCGAGCGAUUGUGAUAUGGAGCAUAAGGCAACUGGCAAAGAAGCAGACCCUAGCUUCUCGGAAGUUGGUAGAGCCGUGCGAUAUGUCUGGAUGCACCAUUCUAAAAAGGCAACAGAUCUCGACAUAGGAAGCUAUGGAUGGGCGAGUAGAUCCGCAUUUACGGCGAUGGACUACAUUCGACGUGGCAAUUAUGCAGGAGGGAUUAGAGGGCACCGAAAGGCAUUCACCAUGAUGUUGGAGGAAGAAGAACAGGCAAAGAUGCAGACAGUCGCCAAAGUACAGGGGCUCGAGGAAGUCUCGAUGCGAGAGGCAGUCACGCGCAAGAGCGACAACGCAGGGAUGUUUGAGGUAAAGAAAAAGGGAAGCGAUACAGGGGUGGCGAAGUUCAGAAGAGUGCUUGAAAGAUGGAGGAGACCGUUCCACAAGAUGGAUGAUGAUAUGGAAGAAGUCGCAAACUGUAUGCAUUAUGGGCUAGGAAGUACCACCCACGUGAGGACUGAUGUGUUAUGGAAUCACCGCAUUGUUGGAACGGACAGGGGAAAAGAGAGCGGAGUCACAUUAGAGCGAGAGAACAUCCUAGUUGAAUGGAGACCUGAAGGCAGCCUGCAAUGCGAGCUGAAUCCAAGUCUGCCAUGGGAACCUGUUAGUAUGUUCGAUACGGAGGCUCCGGAGAGGAUCGGUUUCGGUUCUGCUGAGGAUAUAUGGCCAUGCCCCUCUUUGAGGAAAUGCUUGUGGAACAGUCUCAACAAGUGGAAGAGCAUGGGCGCUGCUCCUGCACUCAUGCCCGAGUCAACAGGAACCUACAACUUCGUGACAAAACAAGAGAAGCCAGCGAUGAAUAUCAAAUUAUCCUCUUGGAGGAGUCAGCCUAGCUCCUAUGGUGGAUUACAUCGGGCCGCUGCGAGAUACUGCGCCUCGUCCCGGACUCCCACCAUCCAACUCGAAGUCCUCGGAAGCCAUCCCCAAUCUACUCAAGCGUCCGCGAAACUAUGCUGUUAUGACGGGAUCCGAGUUCUGGGGCCUGCUGCGGGAUUCCUGCCAGAUAAGUCCGGGCCUCAAUAUAACGCUCACGUAAUUCGGGGCGGUGUCUUCGAUUGGCUACGAAAUGACAUGUUGCCGUGGCACACAUAUUCUCAAUCAAAGUUGAAGAAGGAUGGAUGCAAGCUAUGGGCACAUGAUGAGGACAGCAACCUCAUGCGCAAGCGAGUUACGUGGAUAGACCGCAGAGAUGAUGUGAAGUUUUGGCCAAGAUGGAAGAUCUACCAGAGCGAGCUGGAGCAUUUUGGCAUGCGAGAGGGAAUUAAACCUAGUACUGCGCCAUGGAGAGACUCAAUCCGCCUAACCAGCUCUGCUGAAGCAGUGAAGCACCAUGCCGUCAACUCUGAGAUAUGCGCUAACGACAAGUGCAUAAAUGCCUUCGCAGUUCGUUCCCAAAUCAUCGUAUGCACGUUAAUUGAUAUUGGCUAG